AUGCCUCGUCAUAGGCCGACCUCUGGCUAUGCUCGCCUUGCACAAGCCGACGACGACGAUGGGCCACUCGCCGACGAUGACUCUGGCGAUGAAAUCUACAACAAUACCCCACUCAGUACGCGGUAUGCCUCCAUUCAACCUGGCCCACGAGAACUCAUGCGCUCCCGCCCCUAUCACGACCGACGAAGAGCAACACGACGGACGCGGAGUAACUCCUCAGGCGUCGACAUUAAAGCUAUCAACGCCAGACUAGAAAGAUGGGCUGAAGAGAUCGCUUCCAAGUUCAAAAUCAACUCGGUCAGGGGCAAGACCCAUGAGGAGGAACACUUGGAAAUACACCAUUCCGUCUUCCAAGCGCCUCCAGAGGUUCGUCCAUAUACUGCUGCGGAUUUGGCCGCCUACGAAGCCGCCGACACGCAACGUAUGGGCAAGGCACAGUUUGAUGCCAUCGUGGAGAGCGUCAGGGUUGCGAUGGAACAAGGGGUGCACCCCAAAAUGAUAUCUCAAGGCAGCUCCGGCAGCUACUUUGCCAGAAAUAGCCAAGGGAAAGUUGUCGGUGUUUUCAAGCCCAAAGACGAAGAGCCAUAUGCCUCGAGGAAUCCGAAGUGGACGAAAUGGAUUCACAGAAAUCUGUUUCCUUUCUUUUUCGGCCGAGCGUGUCUCAUACCCAAUUUAUCAUAUGUCUCCGAGGCUGCUGCGUAUGUUCUCGACUGCCAGUUGAGAACGAAUCUGGUCCCUUACACAGACGUGGUCUGGCUGUCUUCAAAGUCCUUUUACUACGACUUCUGGGAGCGGAGAAGCACUUGGGGUGGAAAGAAAAGCCUACCCGCGAAAGUGGGAAGUUUCCAGGUCUUCCUGAAAGGGUUCAAGGAUGCAAACAUAUUUCUUCGCGAAAAUCCCUGGCCUGAUCAAGCCACGGAAUUUCGGUCAGACUUGGAACACACUCGACAAAGGAGACCCUUGUCGAAUUGCUUUCCUGUCCGGGGCCAACCGUCUGACAACGAUGGAGGAACCCCUGCAGUAAUGUCACCGCAGCUCGAAGAGCAGACACCCAAGUUCCACUGGACCCCGAGAAUAAAGCAAGCUUUUCGAGAAGAGCUAGAAAAACUCGUCAUUUUAGAUUAUAUCAUGCGGAAUACUGAUCGAGGGUUGGAUAAUUGGAUGAUCAAGAUCGACUGGAAGACGGAAGAAGUCUCUCUUGUUGUUGAGCCGCCCAAAGAAAAUGGGACUGCUCGAGACGGAGACACCACGACUCAAUCCAAAUCCGUGAGUCCCGCGCGACCUGAAUCCAAUACCUCAAGGCCUUAUCGGAGGUACGAAACCAUGGAAAGCAGGUCAGGCACUCCCUCAAAUGCUCGAGAUGACAGUCACCUCACGAUCAAACUUGGGGCCAUUGACAAUAGUUUGUCGUGGCCCUGGAAACAUCCGGAUGCCUGGAGGAGUUUUCCUUUCGGCUGGCUGUUCCUUCCUGUCUCUUUAAUUGGACAACCCUUCUCUAAGAAGACUCGAGAGCAUUUCCUGCCUUUGCUCACUUCCACGGCUUGGUGGAGUCAGACUCAAUUGGCGCUGCGGAGAGUGUUUGCACUGGAUGCCGAUUUCAAAGAAAGCAUGUUUGCGCGGCAGAUUGCCGUCAUGAAAGGCCAGGCAUGGAACGUUGUGGAGACUCUCAAACAAGAAGAUCAUGGACCACUCGAGUUGACCCGACGCACAAGGAUCUGUGUUUGGGACGACCUUGUCGACGUUCCUGUGGCGAUUCCGCUGCGGGUGCCUUCUGCCGAGAUGAGUAGGAGGAAACACCAUCAUUACGACCAACAAGAAGAGAUGGACAUUGGAGCAUCCUACUCUUCCGCCCCCUCUGGAAGACAGGCAUCACAACCCGACCUGCUAGGCUCACUGACUCCUGACCUACCCAACCCCAACCGCUUCGAGCUCACACGAGAGGAUGGCGGUGCAGAUCUUUCCUACUUGGCUGGCGAAGAAGGUCCUGUCAGUCCUGUCAGCGGUGGCCCUUUCUUCGACGCGGCGGACUAUGCGAAGGAAGCUAGGAACAGCCUGGGCAACAGUGCCGCCACGCUCCCUGCUCGUCCAACCGCAAAAAGCAGAAACCGGUUGAGCUUCGAGUUUCCUCGUCGGGAAACCACCUCCAAGUCGAGCUCGCGAAGACAACGAUCUUUGUCGACCCGCAGCGGCAAAUCCCCGGCGAUCCUCUACGAAGGCGACGAUCUUGAGGGCGACUUGGGCUACGCCGCUGCCAGCGACAUGGAACAAAAUAAACGCAAGGUCAUUGUCGAGAGGCUGGAGACGGUCAAGAGCAAGGCACCCGUCUUCACCUGGUGUUGA